UCUUGAAUUAUAGUGACGUGUUGUAAACAAAACCAAAACGUCACUGAAAUGGCCGAAGAACAACUUGAUUUGUGCAACAAUUUGGAAAAUCUCGACAUAAAGCAGAAUAACGAACUGCCAAUUGAUGGCAUUCAGGGCAGUAAUGGUGUGCAAAACGGCCUUCCCCUCAAUGAAGUUUACAAACUGGCCCUAAGCUUCUAUAAAGACAAAGUGGGUAAAGCUUUUCACUUCAGUUAUGAGGACAACUUGCAGCUAGUGGCCUUUUCGCAGCAAGUUGGUCAUGGACCUUUGGCCGAAGCCAUAUCUAAACUACCGCCCCUUGGUACAUUGGAUGUAGUUGGAAAAGAUAGAAGGGAAGCCUGGCAGAAACUAGGCAACUUAUCAAAAGAUCAGGCGCGAACAGGGUUUGUAGAAUUACUCAGCAGAAGAUGUCUAUUGUUUUCCGCUUAUAUAGAAGCGCACAGAAGGGAGAGAGACGAGCAAAGUCGAAAAGACAAAGAGCAAGCUAUCAUUAAAUUGGCAGAAGAGGCUGAGCAUCAAAAGCAAUUGGAGGAGGAAAAGUUACAUAUUGAGCAAAUGCAACAGCAGGAAGCUAUAAAACGGCAAAUUCAGUCGGCUUUGAAUGAACAAACGUUUGACCAGUUUAGGAAAUACGCCUCGCAACAGUACCCGGGUGAUCCAGAGAAGCAAGGAAGUUUGGUCAGGCAACUUCAAGAACAGCAUUAUUUCCAGUACAUGCAACAGUUGGAAUUGUCACAGCGAGCAGAAGCGUUAAAUGAAAGGAACAUUUUGCCCGAGAAUUCCGAGUUGAAAUCAAACGGGGUGAAGCCGUUGGAGCACAGCAUUUCCGAUGCCGAGAAUCCUGACAAUUCCGAGGAAGAGGAGUCCAAUAGCCAAACUGAGUCAGCGAGUAUGUGGACUUUGCCGGACAUUGAGCCGUUUAAGCAAAGGGUGGCGCAGACAGAAGGCGACUGUGUUGUAAGAGUAGGUCAUGGUGAAACAAUCACAAUUCGAGUUCCCACUCAUCCGCAAGGAUCGAAAUUGUUUUGGGAAUUUGCUACCGACCACUAUGAUAUAGGCUUUGGAAUAUAUUUCGAAUUCGGCACCCCGCUGACCGACGAAGUUUCAGUUCAUGUUUCUGAGAGCGAUGAUGAGGAUGUCGAAAUUGAUGAAGAUGAAUUGUAUGCAGAUGAGAAUCUGAGAUGUGAUUUGGAAUCGGGCGGUAUGGAUUUGUCGUCUCUCACCAAACCUGCGGUCAUGGAAAUCGUUCCGGUAUACAGGCGAGAUUGUCAAGCUGAAGUUUACGCUGGCUCCCAUGCCUAUCCAGGUAAGGGAGUUUAUCUCCUCAAAUUUGACAACUCCUAUUCGCUUUGGAGGUCUAAAACCCUUUAUUAUCGCAUUUAUUAUGCAAAUUAAGCGACUUAUAUGUUUUAAGUGUAAAUGGUAAUUAUUUAUUGUUCUCAGAACUUAGGCAUAUGUUUUAUAGUAGCAACAGUUACUUUAGAUGCUAGGUACUGUUGAAAUGGUUAGCUUUUGUUAAUUUACCUAAUACUCUGCCACGGAGUUAAUAAAACCAUGUUUUAAUCUCAAUUUAUUUGAAAAAUUUUACGACCAUUUUUCUAAUUUAUGUAUGUUUUAACUUCGCCCGCCUGAAUAAAGCGGAAAGCAAAUUUUUUGAUCCCCUUUUUGACUUUUAUCAAAUAUUACAAUACAAUUCAGAUUUCGUUUUUAAAUUACCAACUGCUUGGUUUUUGCAUGGUUGAAGAAUUGAUACGUUGAAACAACAGUAUCUUCUUAGAAAAUGUUAAUAUAUGUAUAUACCAUUACUAACUGCCUAAAUAUAAAUAGAAUAAAUUAUG